AUGCUCGAGCCGGCCCCAGUCGCCGUGUGUCCCGGGCGCGGGGUGGCCCGGGCGGCAGGGAAGGGCUUGGCAGCCCCACCGGCCGCGGCCGGAGAGCUCCCGGGGGCCCCGCCGGCUGAGCAUCCUCCCGCGGCCGCCGGGACUCCCCGCGCGCGGGCCGGUCUCCUCGGCCCCGCGCCCCAGACCCGAUCCGCUGCCGGGGGGGGGCGGCCCGCGCCCCCCCGGUGCCCGGUGUCUGGGAGCCUGCAGCUGGGGAUCCCGGGGUCUCCUCGGGCGCCCGGUUCCGGCGGCGGCCCCUGCCUCGGUCCGGACCCGCCAUCCCCGCGCCCCCCCCGACUCCGCCGCAGCCCGCAGGGCGGUGCCCGUCCGCCCGCCCCGCGGCGCGCGGCCUCGGCGGCCUUACCGGGCGGCGAUCGGCGGCGGGAGCGGAGCCGGCCGCGAGCGGCGCCGGGCGGAGGGCGGGCGAGGCCGGGUGCACCGACGCGGGCCGCCGCGGAUUGGCUCUGCGCGCCCGGCUGCGGCGGGCCCGGCUCGGCCGGCGGGGCCGCCCGGGAGGGCCUGCGGGGGAGCCGCGCGGGGCCUGCCCGGCGCUCGCGCGCACUCGCCCCCGGGUCGCCCCGCACAGCAGCCCGUCGGCCGCCCCGGGCCGUGCCCCCGAGCGGCAGCGGAGGAGGCGCGGCGGCCGCCAGCGAAGGGGGUUCAGCCGCCUCCGCCCCGACGGGUUACGACGCCCCCCGGCGGCGCCUGGGCGAGGUUCAGAGGGACCGGAGGAGACGCGGCUGGAGCGGGGACGGGGCCACGCGGGAGCUUUGCGUGGGCUCCCGGGCGCGGGAGGGGCCGGGUGGGCAUUUCGGCCGGUCCCGAAGGUCCAGGCGGAGGCCCGGGGGCUCCCGCAAGCAGCAGGUGCCGCGCGGGCUCGUCCGCUGUGUCUCCCGGCCCAGCUGCCCGGGGCAGGUGGCCCAGCCCGGGCCUGCCAGCGACACCUGCGCGGCCGCCACCUGCCACCCGCCGCCCACCCCACGGGCCGGACAGAGGCCGCCCGCCCGGGCCGCCGGCCUCCGCUCUGGCUCCUCCGCCUGCUCCUCGCCCGCUCCGCCUCUGGGCAUCUGCUCCGUGGUUCUGGCUGCCAGGUCGGCCCUCCCGCUGCCCGGCUCGCCCGUCCCUGCCCAGCUGCGGGCUGAGUGCCAGGAGGGCCGCCGGGGGGGCCGGGCCACGCAGCGGCGCCUGCCGGGGUGGGGGCGCGGGGGUCGGGCGCGGGCCCCUGGCCUGGCGCGGCGCCCCGAGUCCCGUUGGCCCCGAGUCCCGCUUCCAGCCCGGCCCGGAGGCGUCGCUCCGCACUCGGCGGUGCCGCCCGGCCCGGUUCCAGGACGUUUCCGGGACAUUCCCCGGCGACGAGGCCGAACCCGCGCGCCGGCCCCUCCUCCGCGCCUGGCACCCGCCGCCGCCCGCCCGUCCGCGGCUCCCCUUUCCGGGCGCGCCCCGCGGGCCCCGCUCCAGGAGCCGGCGGGCAGGAGAGCAACGGAUGUCCCAGUGCCAAAGGAGUGGGGGCAGCAGGAGUUCCUCUUCUUCAAGGGAGGUCCGCCCUUUGUGUUUCCUGAGGCCUUCAACGGAUUGGGUGAGGCCCACCUGCGUUAG